CCUGAACACAUCUUUUCUUUCCCGGAAGUGACGUUGAUUGUUGUAUCGGCGUUCCUUUCGUCGUGUGGUAGCGGCUUUAGCCAUCAAAGAUGACUACAGCUGCAAGACCAACAUUUGAGCCGGCAAGAGGAGGGAGGGGUAAAGGAGAAGGUGAUUUGAGUGCUCUCUCCAAGCAGUACUCCAGUCGAGAUCUUCCAGGUCACACAAAGAUCAAGUACAGGCAGCCUACCCAGGAUGCCCCCGAGGAGGUCCGUGCCCGUGACUUUCGCAGAGAGCUGGAGGAGAGGGAGCGUGUAGCAGUACGUGAAAAGACCAGAGAGAGGGGACCAAGAGAGCACACCACAUCAUCAUCUUCUUCUUCAUCAUCUUCAAAGAGGCCAAGACUAGAUCAGAUUCCAGCUGCUAACCUUGAUGCUGAUGAUCCUCUCACUGAUGAUGAUGAGGACGAGGACUCUGAUGAAGAUAGUGAUGAUGAUGACACCGCAGCUCUUUUGGCUGAAUUGGAGAAGAUUAAAAAAGAGCGUGCUGAAGAGCAAGAACGCAAAGAGCGAGAGCAAAAGGCAGAGGAGGAGAGAAUUCGAAUGGAAAAUAUCUUGAGCGGCAAUCCACUGAUUAAUUUGGCUGGACAGCAGCAGCAGAACCAGAACCAGAAUUCAUUCAGAGUCAAGAGAAGGUGGGAUGAUGACGUAGUGUUCAAGAAUUGUGCCAAAGGAGUGGACGAGGCACGGAAGGAGAAACGCUUUGUCAAUGACACACUGCGCUCUGAAUUUCACAAGAAAUUUAUGGAGAAAUAUGUAAAGUAGAGGACUUCCUCUGUGUCAUUUGUAUUGUUUUUGUUUUUAUUAUCAAAUGUGUUUGGUCUCCUUCCUCUACCCUCUGUUGCAGAGGGUACAUGUUUUUUCAAAUAAACUCUGUAUAGAACUUGAUUAAUACUUGUACAGUCAUCCAUCUAGCCAUGCUAUUAACCACAUAUCCAUCUGUACAGUCAUGCUGUAUAUAAAUGUGUCAACGUGA